UCAUCCUCUCUCUUGCAUCCUCUCCCAUGAGUCAUGGCUCAUAUGGAUUUUCUGGAAUUAUGGGUGGACAUCAUUGUUGUUGGGCUCUGCUUGCAAGCUCAGGUGCUCAGUGCGCAGAACCUGACAUGCAAUUUGGUGGAUUUGAGGGCAUUGAAGGAUUUCUGGAGUGCUUUUGAAUCAGGGAUUGAUGGGUGGGGCUCUAAUUCUUCGACUGAUUGCUGUAACUGGGUAGGUGUUUCUUGCAACUCUUCCUUGUCUCUCGGUUUAAGCAACGAUCCUAUUGAUUCUGGUAGAGUAACUAAAUUGGAACUCUUCAAGAAAAGAUUAACAGGAAAACUCAGUGAAUCGUUAGGACAAUUGGAUCAGCUUAGAAUCCUGAAUCUCUCUCAAAAUCACCUCAAGGAGUCACUGCCACAAUCCUUGUUUCAUUUGCUCAAGCUAAAGCACCUAGACUUGAGCUCUAAUGAUCUCUCUGGUCCUUUUCCACAAAGCAUAAACCUUCCUUCACUUGAACAACUUGACAUCUCUGAUAAUUCUCUUGAUGGGCUCCUUCCCACACGAAUUUGUGAAAAUUCUACUCGAAUCGAGGUUAUUCGUUUGGCAUUGAACAACUUCGCUGGGGAAAUUUUACCUGGACUUGGGAGUUGUAGUGUCCUAGAGCACCUGUCUCUUGGUGUGAAUGAUCUCACAGGUGGGGUUAGUGAAGAUAUAUUUCAGAUUCAGAUACUAAAGGUACUGAAUCUCCAAGAUAACAUGUUUUAUGGGAAGCUAAGCUCUGGAGUUGGUAACCUCUCUAACCUUGUUUUCUUAGACAUUUCAUCAAACAGGUUUUCGGGUACAAUCCCAGAUGUUUUCUAUGGCUUGUCAAAGUUUGAGGAAUUUGUAGAACAUUCAAAUAGGUUUGAGGGGACCAUACCUCGUUCAUUGUCAAAUUCGCCGUCCAUGAAGUCGCUUAAUUUGAGGAAUAAUUCGUUGGUUGGUUCUAUUGAUGUUAAUUGCUCGGCCAUGAUUAAUUUGACAUCUCUUGAUUUGGGUUCCAAUAAUCUUAGUGGGCGGGUGCCUGAUUAUCUUCCCUUUUGUAGAAAAUUGGAAAAAAUAAAUUUUGCCCGGAACAGUCUCAUCGGUCAAAUCCCUGAAAGCUUCAAGAGCUUUGAUAGCCUCUCUUACCUUUCCCUGACAAAUGUCAACAUAUCUAAUAUUUCCUCUGCCCUUCAAAUCCUACAAAACUGAAAGAACUUAUAUACCCUUGUACUCACUGCAAACUUUCCUGGGGAAGCAAUGCCGGCUGAUUCUGACAUACGUUUUGAGAAGUUGAAAGUUGUUGUUAUUGCCAAUUGUAGACUCACGGGUUCAUUGCCGCAGUGGUUGAGUGGGUGCACCAAAUUGCAGUUGUUGGAUUUAUCAUGGAACCAUUUUGGUGGAAUGAUUCCGGGAUGGUUUGGAAAAUUUGAGGAUCUCUUUUACUUGGACAUAUCAAACAAUUCUUUUACUGGGGAGAUUCCAAGAAACUUAACUGUGUUGCCUAGCCUCAUUAUCAGGAAUUUCUCGUUUCAGGGGCCUUCCUUGGAUAUCCCUUUUUUCAUGAGAAGGAAUAUUGACAGUGGGGCAUUGCUGUAUAAUCAGCUUGAUAGAUUUCCACCAACUCUGGAUCUCAGUUGUAACUCUCUUACUGGACCAAUCUGGAGAGAAUUUGGAAAACUAAAAAAACUGCAUGUUUUGAAUUUGAGGAGGAAUAAAUUAUCCGGAAUGAUACCUAGUGAAUUGUCUGGGAUGACGAGCUUGGAGAGACUGGAUUUAGCUCUUAACAAUCUUUCAGGUAAUAUUCCUUAUUCCUUGGAGAAACUCACUUUUCUGUCAAAAUUUGAUGUUGCCUACAAUCAACUCGACGGAAAGAUCCCCAUAGGAGGUCAGUUUUCAACAUUCCCAGAUUCGAGCUUUGAGGGAAACAAUCUUUGUGGUGACCAUGGUGCCCCUCUAUGUCCAGAGAAUAUCAGGACAGAGAAGACCUGGAUGGAGAAAAAGCAUAGAAAAACCAAUACAUUUAUUUUUGGAAUAGCUGUUGGGUUAGUAUUUGGGAUAGUAUUUGUGUUUGCACUUCUCGGUGGUAGGUAUUUAAUUAGUUAGGUACGGGUACUUAAGUAUACUACAAUUUUUGAUCAUUAAUGUUCGUAAAAUUCUCGUGGAAAUCUUGAAAAUACGUCAUAGGGUUCUCCAUACAUAUACAUUUAUUGAAAUGAAGUGUAUGGAUACCCCAUGGGAUUGUCUUAAUACCUCAGACUUCGUUUGGAACUUUAUAUAGGAUAAUAUAAUUUUCCUAUCCAAUGUGUAAUUUAAUCCUUGUACAAGUUGAUGUAUAAUUUAAUCUUAUCCGGUGUUUGAAAAUAA